AUGGAUGACGAGAACUUGGAUGAGCUUCUACUCGAUAAUGGCACGUACUGGCCGCCUAUGCCAUGCGCCAACUGCAGACGCCAUCUCCACGGAGUGAACGAAGAGCCCUCAGCCUCGACUUCGAUAUUCGAUGAGCACCCCCUUCUCGAGGACCCCUUGGCGCCAGCACCACACCCAGCAUCAUUAGUAAUGCCAUCUUCGUCAAGCAAGCGAGCCAGUUCUCGAUCGGUUCACAAGAACCGCGCUCUCAGAGCCUGGUUUGCCGCGCAUCUGGACCAUCCGUAUCCGUCUGAUGAUGUAAAGGAUAGUCUAGCGCAGCAAUCAGGCCUCAGCAAGUCGCAGGUUGUCAACUGGUUCACCAAUGCCCGGCGUCGACACAGGCUAUCACUUCGGGUCUCGAGACAGUCUUCCAAACAACAACACCCGCAAGGGUCGCCCAGACCACGGUCUCUCUUGUCGAACAUGUCACCCCUCGAGCGAUGGCGAAAUUCACCUCCAGACGAGGAGCCUGUCGAUCUUACGCUUCUCGAGAGUGCUUUAGACGCCUUUCUGUCCGACAACUCGAACAAUCUCGAGCCAGCUGAUAGUUUUGGCGAAGGUAGCGCGUCCUCGGCAGACGACAGCUUCAAUUUCAACACAAGGGGCCGCAGCCUCGAUGGCUCGUCUGAUUCAAACUCAUCCUGCUAUUCCUUCCACUCGUCUGCAAGCAACCACUUCGGGGCACGGUCCGGUAACAGCUCCGAUGGCGGCAUCCAUCCUUUUGCAAAGACGGGCAAGCCUGCGACAGCGACAAACUUCCAGUGCACGUUCUGCCUCCAGUCCUUUCAUAAAAAGUUUGACUGGUCUCGCCAUGAGCAGUCCGUCCACCUGCCCGGCCUCCAUUCUUGGAUCUGUGGUGUACCUCUCGCCGCCUCUGACCCUCUCAUCACCUGGCGCCCCGCAUCCCGUGGCCCGGAAUGCGUCUUUUGCGGCCACUCCUCGCCGGAUAUCACCCAUUUCCAGUCGCACCAAUUCGAGGAGUGCGCCGAGAGGAGUCUCGAGGCGCGGACCUUUAGUCGCAAGGAUCACCUCGUACAGCACCUGCAAAAGUUCCAUGGCUGUCGGCGGCGCGAAGGCUGGGCCAUGGACGUUUCGAUGCUCAGGCGCACACAGGAUUCGGUACCCAGUCAUUGCGGGUUCUGCGGGGUGCGGAUGACAGGAUGGGAGCAGAGGGUGCAGCAUUUAGCGGCACACUUUCGGGCGGGCUUGACGAUGGAAGCGUGGGACGCCACGACGCCGCUUCUGAACUGCCGCCGCGAGCGCCUCGCCGAGGGCGCGAGCGAGCGUCGGGAGGGACAUCAGCGGUGUGAGCGCGAAGAGCGCAGCUGGGCGUGGAAGGCCUGGGCGGCGGCCGGGGGUUCCUCGAAUUCGGCAAUGGGCCGCCGUCUGCGUAUUGCAGCAGACGCUCCGUUCAGCUUGAAGGUCCACGACGAAGAGUGCAAGUACGGCAAGCAAGCGACUUGA